GCUGCGGAACCUUUCCCGAGCGCCUCUUGUUUCGCACGGACUGUUUAGAAAGUACUCGUAAAUAUCAGUAAAGAUGGCGACGCUCGUGAAGAAGCCACAUGUCGUUGUUGAAGAGGGAAAUGAGGAAGAGUUUGGAGUUUCUGAUGACAGCAUCAGUAAUGAUGGAGAGAGUGGACCAGGAAGUGACCAGGAGGGAUCUGAUGUAGAAGACAGCGGUGAAGAGGAUGGAAAGAGCGAGGAAGAACAGAAUGGAGACGCUGCGGAAAAUCCCAACACCGGCUGGGCCGAAGCCAUGGCCAAAAUCCUAGGGAAGAAAACGCCAGACAGCAAACCCAUCAUCCUCCUGAAGAACAAAGAGCUGGACAAGAUCAAAGAGAAGGAGAAGAAAGCGCGUCUGGAGAAAAAGAAACGGACUGAUAAGAAACGAGCAUGGGAGAAUAUGUGUCGAGAGAAGCCUAAUGUGGUUCGAGACCGAGAGCAUGAGAGGAACCUACAGAAAAUUGCUACCAGAGGUGUGGUGCAGUUGUUCAACGCUGUGAAGAAGCAUCAGAAGAACGUGGAUGAGAGGAUAAAGGAAGUUGGGGGUUCAGAGAGAAAGAAAUCCAGAAUUCUGUCCUCGGUGACUAAGAAGGACUUCAUUGAUGUCCUGAGAGGAGCAGACGUGGCUCACAAACCGGCCGUCAAAAAAGAGAAAGUGCAGCCUGUAGAAGUGAAAGGGGAGAAUCCGUCCUGGAGUGUGUUGAGGGAUGAUUUCAUGAUGGGCACAUCCAUGAAGGACUGGGAUAAGGAGAGCGAUGAAGAGCGCGAGGGAGGAGAAGACGACCUUGAGCCUGCUGAAGAGUACAGCAGUGAAUCGGACUGAUCCAUCUCGACUGCAUCAUGUAGUGCACACAUGCGAGUGUUCUUACAGACCCUGAGACCUGCCCUGCGCAGAGAGAGAAGACUCGGCGUUACCUGGAGUUCUCAGAGCGUGGAUCAUGUGACGCUGGAAUAGGGAGAGACAGUUAUCUGUGAUGUUGCCCUGAUCUUGAUGUUGUUCAUGUGUCCUGGUAAAGCAGAGUGCAUUGAUGAGUGCUGCACAUCUAGCCAAACCUCUGAGCUCUUUUUGUGUAUAUAGACAUUUGUCACAGUGUUUUUUUGCUAAAUAAAUAAUUUCAUGCA